UAUAUAUAUACAUACACACACACACACGUAUAUAUAUAUAUAUAUAUAUAUAAAGCUGGAUCGUUACGGAAGUAUAUAUCGUAGAAUCAAAUUCGCAACCCCUCGAGGGAGGUGGAAUAAGAGAGGAAUCGGAGGAGAGAGAGAUAGAGAGACGUUCCGUAAGGGUUAGCCGGCCUGCUCGCGAACGGCGGGGGAAGGGGGGAGGGGGGGGGGAGAGCGGCGCGAGAAGGUAGGGAAAGCGAAGAGGAGUAGGGGCGGGAAAGAAGCGAGAGGAGUGAACGAAGGAAGGAAGGAAGAAAGAAGAAAGAAGAAAGAAAGAAAGACGAGGCCUCGCGAAGGAAGAGAGAGAGAUCGAAGGAGGGAAGGGAGAGGAUAUCGCGGAGGCGAACGAGUGAGGAGGAUAAGAGGAGAGUGGGCGGGUGGGGGGAACGGGCGGAAGGGGGGGAUAGAGGGAUAGAAGGACAGCUCUCGAGGGAGAGCGAGAGCGAGCGAGACAGGACUAGCGAGCCCCGUGUCUUGCGUGCCACGAGAGAGUAUACAGAGAGGGCCUAAAGUCGAGAGUUAGGAGUUGUGGCUCGCGUGGUUAGAUAGGAUGCGUGUGCCUGGGUGCGGUGUUCCACCACCACCCGACAGCCGACGGUUCAGCGACAACAGCCAGACAACAAGCGACAACGCGAACUGCAACCGCUGCGACAACAACAACAACAACAACAAUAAUAAUAAUAAUAACAAUAACAACGAAAACAUCGGUCCUUCGUUAGAAGAUAACGUGUGUCGCACGGUUAGUAGCUGUCGCUUGAUCGCGCGCGAUCAACGGAGAUUGAAAGAAACGGCUGGUGGUUGCCUCGAGCACCACGGUGCCGGGUGUCUGAACGCGGACACGGCUCGGAGAGACAACCGUUCUUCGCCCCUGCUUCCUCCAACCUUCCUUCGAAGAGGAUAUUUUGGACUGUUCGGGAUAACACGUUGCCCGUUGCUCCUGCCCGGCUCGGCGGAGAGUGGAAUACGAUUGUUGUGUAGCCGGGGAAGAGGGAAGCAGGCCCGUACCACGUAUUAUUAUCCGCCGGAGAGCGGGCGGCCGACCAGCUGGAGCACCGUCCCACGGCGGCGUUCGUCGGCGUCGCGCGGCGUCGGGACGACGCUACUGGCGAGCACAGGCUCGCUGGAGGAGCGCAGCCGGCUUCAGCCUGUACCGCAGCCGACGUCCCAGCUACUCAUGUUCAUCCCGGAUACACUGAGGAGCUGCAUGGUGGAACCGGAUGUCUCGACUUACCUGCAGGCCCCUUCCGUAGGACAGGUGUGCCUUCGACGCAAGCAAAUCGAGUUAUUUCUAUUUUUUUUUUUUUUUUAGAAGUUUAUGUUUUGGUUUUUUUUUUUUUCU